AUCUUUGUCAGCGGCAGGGUUUCAAUUCACCUCCUCUCCACUGUCUUCAGAACCAACCCCGACAACCCAAGCGCAGACAUGGAAACUGAAGGAGAGCAACUCUGCGAAGCAGCAAGAAACGGCAACGUCGACAAAGUGAAAACUUUGAUAGAAUCAGGAGCCGACGCCUCCUACUUCGACAGCGAUGGACUUACGCCGCUCAUGCACGCCGCCAAGCUCGGCCAUACCGAUGUUAUCAGAGCUCUCCUUGAGGCUGGGGCGCCCUGGAACGCUCUUUCUCCGGCUAACCAGUCUGCUGGUGACUUCGCCAUGGACUCUGGCCACCAGGAAGCCAUUGAAGUCCUUGUCAAUGCUGGAAUUCAGGCUGAAUUGAUUUUGGGAACCAUCGCCAGGAAAACAAAAAAGACUGGUGAUUCUGAAGGGGAUUACUUGGAAGAUAGGGUUUCUUUUAGCGAGGAUAAGUUGAUGGACUCUGAUAGCAAGGCUGUCAUGAUGGCUUGGGAGAAACCAUUGAUGGCAGCUCAUGCAAAAGCAGUUUGCUCUGGAGGUGGUAACAUACUAAAUGUUGGAUUUGGGAUGGGUCUUGUAGAUGCAGCUAUUCAACAGUAUGGUCCAGCUACGCACACAAUUAUUGAGGCUCAUCCUGAGGUCUAUGAGCGUAUGCUUCGCACUGGUUGGGGCAAGAAGGAUAACGUAAAAAUAAUAUUUGGCCGUUGGCAAGAUGUUCUUUCGGAGCUUGAAUCUUAUGAUGGCAUUUUCUUUGACACCUAUGGAGAAUACUAUGAAGACCUGAGGGAGUUUCAUCAGCAUCUUCCUAAGUUAUUGAAGCCCGGAGGAAUUUACUCUUUUUUUAAUGGCCUUUGUGGAGGUAAUGCAUUUUUCCAUGUUGUUUACUGCCAUUUAGUUUCACUAGAACUGGAGAAUUUGGGGUACUCGACACAAUUGAUUCCCUUGCCUGUUAAGGAUUGCUUGGGAGAAGAAGUUUGGCAAGGUGUGAGACACAAAUAUUGGCAACUCGAUAUGUAUUAUCUCCCCGUUUGUCAGUCUUUACAGGACCCUGAAUGAUGAUUACAUCCAAUAUCAGAAUUGUUUUCCUCCCUUAAACUAGAUUUUGAUCUCAAAAGCACUUCAACAUCAUCUUCCAUCAUUUUCUGAAUUUGGAUAAUUAGGAUUGCAUGCAUGUUUCAUUAUCUUUUUGUCACUGGAUCAACUAUGUGCUGAGAACAUCUUGCAGAGAAUCAGUUUUAGAAAAAGAACAAGUCCAAUGUGUAUGGGCUGGAUCUAUCACUAAUUCCUUUGACUGGUUAAGCUUCUUGGCUGAAAGUACGACAAAUUAGUCAAUAUUCAGAUAAUGAGUAAAAAAUCAGUUUAUGCAUAAGGAGAGAGACAUGAGUCACUUAAUAUUUUAUAUUGACGGCCAAGGCAGAUAUCCAAGGAGGUAUUUGACAGAUCUUUUUACUGUUGUAAUGAAUAAUUCUUUGUUUAAAUUGCUCUUCAAAAUUCCUACUUUGCUAUCAUCACUAGUGUUAAUGCUACCUAAUCUGUAAUGAAAGGCCAAUGUCUCUGCUUUGUUGUUGGUUCUUUCCUUUGUUUCCUUUGGUUUACCUGUGGCAAACCCUGUAAUACACAUUAAAAGCAGUGGUAUCUUGGGUACCUAUGAUGAAUAUCCUAUGCUCUGUUUUCUCUGUUGGUUUUGCUGUAACACUGAGUGGGGCAGAGAGACCCAAAAUCUUUAGGUGAUCAGCAAUGCUUGAUUGCUCAGGCAGCAAGUUUUUUAUGAAGAAUCUUAUAGGUUUAAGUAUGAAAUCAAUGACAAAAGAAAAAAAUAGAAAUAUGAAUAACAGCAACCCUCUUUUUUGUUAUGCAACGGUGCGUGUGAAUCAUGAAAGACAGGAAUUGAGAAGUAUGUAAGAUUUAGAAAGCAUGAAUUAUAACUAGGAAUCCAAUCUAAAUUCACAUGACAUUUCCUUAUACAGGUAGGUCACUGUACAGUUAUUUCCCACCUUGUCCUGACUUUUUUUUUUUUAAUUUAUGCUCCCCUCAGUUUAUUCAAGAGCAUUUAAAAACACAGCUGGCUCUGCCUCCACAGUUGCUGUAAUGUAAAUAGU